AUGCAGUUGUCCUACCUUCUCUCGCUCGUCUCCCUUGUGGCCGCUGUGCCAACCAAGCGGGCCGAGCCUGCACCCCUCAUUGCGGCCAAAGAUGCUAGCGCUAUCGUUCCUGGCAGGUACAUUGUCAAACUGAAAGAUGAAGUUGGUGCGUCUGCUUUCGACGAUGCCGUCAAGUCGGCUACCGGGCCAGUACACCAUGUGUAUGAAGACGUGAUCAAGGGGUUUGCCACGAGCGUUGAUGAAGCCGGAUUGAAGGAGUUGCAAAACCAUGCCGACGUCGAAUACAUUGAACAUGACCAAGUCGUUAGCGCCUCGGCAAAACUGCACCAGGCAAAUGCUCCAUGGGGACUGGCGCGCAUCUCCCAUCGAGACCCGGGUUCGUCAGAGUAUAUAUAUGACGGGAGUGCCGCAGCGGGAACCUGCGCGUAUGUCCUAGACAGCGGCGUCGAUGCCGGCCACCCUGAGUUUCAGGGCCGGGCUUCCCAGCUGGUGUCGUUUGUCGCGGGCUCCAACAAGGACGACAACGGACACGGCACCCACGUUGCUGGAACGAUUGGCAGCAGAACAUACGGCGUCGCCAAGGCCAUCAAGAUUCUGGGCGUCAAGGUUCUCGCCGCAAACGGCCAGGGGCAAUGGUCGAGCAUCCUCGCCGGUCUGGAAUACGUAGCCAAGGACUCGCCGGGACGAGGCUGUCCCAAGGGCGUGGUGGUCAACAUGUCCCUCGGCGGUCCGCGUUCUCAGACCGUCAACACUGCGGCCGCAAGCCUUGUCAGAAAAGGAUACUUUAUUGCUGCUGCCGCUGGCAACGACAACAUCGACGCGGGUGGUGUGUCGCCUGCUUCCGAGCCAUCAGUUUGCACAGUUGGCGGCACGGCCAGGGACGACAGUCGCUACGACAGAUCGAACUGGGGACCUUUUGUUGAUAUUCAUGGCCCAGCUGUAGAUGUGCAGUCCACUCUUCCUGGCGGCCGAUCGGGUUUCUUGACCGGAACGUCGAUGGCUACUCCCCACAUCACUGGCUUGGCGGCCUACCUGUCUGCGCUGACAGGCCAGCGUCCUGGACCGUGGGCGUGCAAGUACAUCCAGGGUUUGGCUACUUCGAAGAAGAUUCGAGGUCUGACCGUUAACACGGUAAAUCUUCUUGCCUUUAACGGGGCGACUUAG